AUGACCGAGGAGAAGAAGAGUCAGCAGCACUUCGUGCUAGUCCAUGGUCCGUGCCACGGUGCAUGGUAUUGGUACAAGGUUAAGCCGUUGCUUGAGGCUGCGGGCCACCGAGUGACAGCCAUAGACCUAGCUGCUUCCGGUAUAAACAUGAACCCCAGCUCGAUCACCGAGGUCCUCUCUUGUGAUCAGUACACUGAGCCAUUGUUGAAGUUCCUGAGCUCAUUACCACGUGAAGAGAAAGUUGUGCUUGUUAGUCAUAGCACUGGAGGUUUGAGUGUAGCCAUCGCAAUGGAUACGUUUCCCCACAAAAUAUCUGUCGCUGUCUUCGUAACUGCUUUCAUGCCCGAUACCAAAAACUCGCCAGCGUACGUCGUGGAUAAGUUUUUUCAAUCGACGACACUAGAGCCAUGGUUGGGCACCGAGUUUGUACCUUAUGACAAAGAAGGUGUGUCGUCUAUGUACACAUCAUCUUCUAAAGAGGAUAUUGAGCUUGCAUUGCUUCUAAAGAGACCCGGAUCAUUGUUUAUCAACGAAUUAGCGAGGCGUGAAAAGUUUUCCGAUGAGAGGUAUGGAUCUGUUCCUCGAGCUUACAUUGUGUGCAAAGAUGACAAAGCGCUUACAGAAGAAUAUCAACAAUGGAUGAUUGAGAAUUAUCCGGUGGAUUUCAUGACGGAGAUGGAAGGGUCAGAUCAUAUUCCGAUGAUCAGUCAGCCUCAGCUCCUAAGUGAACGUAUCUUAGAAAUCGGGGACCUAUUAGUAUUUUGGAAAUAG